AUGAUGAAUCAACUCAAGAUCAAACCAGACAUCACGAUCACGGUGUAUAGGUUCAUCUCUAUCGGCCUCAUCCUCGUCCUGGCAUAUAGUAUUCUAUGCAUCUCGAUCGUUCUUCGGGCCAAAGGGGCUGUAUGCUCAGCCACUGCGGCCGGCAUUGACUUUUCAUUGGGACUGUCCAUCCCAACAAUCCUGGUCGUCGGCUCACGAUGCUACCUGGCCAUCCGACAGAGACAGAGACAGAGACAGAAACCUGAAGCCCAAGCCCAAGCUGAAGCCCAAGCCCAAAUCGAAGCCCAAGUCGAAGCUCAGGUCCAGGCUCAGGCUCAGGCUCAGGUUCACGAUCAAACCACCACCAUUUCGCCGUCCUCUUCUGCUCCGCCCUCCACCCCACCGCAUCCACGACUCGAACGGCUUUCUGUCCACAGUGUCCGAUGUCUGAUGCUGUUGUGGAUGAUCUUGGGCUGCUGCAAUCUUCUCGUGGCGUUGCGCGCACCCAUCUGUCUCAACCAACCUUUGGAUCAGUGGCGGAAACAACAAGAAGAACAACAACAACAGGCUGGGGAUAGGGACCGGGAUCGGGAUAGCCAUACAAAUAUCUUGCAUGAUCAAAUCUGGAGAUAUGGCAUGUCGUGCCGCCUGCACAGAGGGCUUGUCGCAUUGUCGAUUUUGAUGGCGCUGUCCGUCUGUCUCCUCUCCAUCCUCGACCGCAUUGUCCGAGGCCGACUACGGCCCAAGCCGUCCUCCUGCUGGUGUUGGCGAUGUUGGCUGGAGCGCUUCACCACUGCCUGCCACUUGAAUGGCAACAAAGCGCGGUCUGGUCCUGACCAGAGUUGGAGCCGGCUGCAUCAACAACAUCACCAUCAACAACAUCGCCACUGCGGCUCCGUGCCUUCGCUUUCUUCCAGCACGCGCUCCGGGUUGGGCAGUAUCAGUGUUAUCGACAAAGACGACCACCGGCUGUUCCUGAUUCCGGAACGACGACCAGCAGGUGUGAGUGUGGGCGUGUCCAGCAGACUCGAGCAUGAACAAUGGCUGCAGCGGCGCAACAGCUUGUCUUCCCAAAAGGCCAUUUAUCCACAUAAAUACCAGCACUUGGAUCCUCGCCAGCACCAACAUCAGCAUCAGUAUCAACAUCAGUAUCUGGACCCUCGCCAGCAUCAGCAUCAACAUCAGUAUCAGUAUCUGGACCCUCGCUUGCGGUAUGGAUGGGCCAAUAUCAAUACCAACGGUACUGGUUCUGGUACUGGCAUUUAUAAUUUCAGUCCAGCCCCUCAUCUCUCCAGCCUCGCUCCCAGCAGUCGCUACUCGAACACGCUGCGUUCCGUGUCCGAGGGCGUGUCGCUAGAUCUGAACAACCGUGAGCGCGGGUUCGGGUUCGGGUUCGGGUUCGGGUUUGGCUGCAACUUCUCAUCAUUGCCGAGCUCAGGUUCAAGUUCAGGUUCGAGCUCGGAUUCGGGUUCAGGUUCAGGUUCAGGUUCAGGUUCGACUUUGUCGCAGUCAUCAACGCAAACACGACCAUCAACCCUGUCGUCCACUACUACGUCCCGGACGACCCCUAGUCGUGCAAACGCAGCCCUGACCGCGAAUGCCAAUGUGAAUGCGAACACGAAAACGAAUACUGCUGACAGCCCAACUAAGCUGGCGCAGAGGCUGGGCCUGAUUCAGGAUGGACAUGUGCCACAGCACUCGGGAGUGGGAGUGGGAGUGGGAGUGGGAAUGGAAAUGGGAUUCCCAGUCAAGCAUACCACAGCAAUAGCGACAUCAUCACUUGCUAGGAAGAGGAGUUCUGGCGAUGGCGAUGACGAUGGCGAUGGCGAUGGCUCUGGCGAUGGCCGUGACGAUAGCCCACCACUCCCAGCUGCCCCUGCACCAGCUUGGUCGCCGGCUCUUCAUCAUGCUCCGUUGAGCGCCGAUCCGACAAUCCGGGCGUUAAGUACGGGGAUUCUUGUGGGUGUGGGUGUGGGCACAGGCAAAAAUGGGAUGAACUCGACUCCGGCUUUGACUUCGACUUCGUUACACCACUCACGGUCGUCUCCUGGACUGCUUGCACAACUGGCGAGCCCCACAACCAACGACGACGACGACGACAACAACAACAAUAACAGCAGUAGUAGCAGCAGCAGCAGCAGCAAGUAG